AUGGCCGUGGCAUCGAGGAUGCAUCGCUUUAAGGCCCUGCAAGAUGUGUUGUCUGCACUGGUCGUGGACGAGGAUGAUGUUGCUGGUGCAGUUCAGGACAUUCAACGAGAAGCUCCCAGGGAACUUGAGGCCACUCGCGCACCCUGCUCUCGGCAAGUGAUGGCUUCAGAGGUGGCUCUCGCGAGCCUGUCGGUCCUUCUGCCCGAUUCCGUGAUCCAACAGGCCUUGGGCCUCGUGGACUCCAAGAGCAUCCACCUGGUGACCAGUCAGAUGGGGCGGAAGGCGUUCGAGGUGCGCGGCCAGAAGGCCUCCCAUUUCGUCUUAGCCAAGGGCCUCUACUGCUCUUGUCCAUACUUCGGGCGGCGUGUGAUCGAGGCCGGCGAGCUUUGCUGCAAGCAUUGGCUGGCCGUGCAAGUGGCGCAGCGUUGCGGCACUGGGAUCGGCUCUACCGAACACCUGCAGGAGGAUGAGUUUCUAGACUGGACCCGGCAGCGGAUGUUGGGAUGCGCUGAGUGA